AUGCAUGGUGGCGGAGGAGGCGGAGAGCAAGAAGCUGGACAGAAGUGCUGCUGCUGCUGCUGCUGUGAUACGAUGAUUGUCGCCGAUCUGCUGCAGCCUCUCGGAACCACUCCACCGGAAGGUAAAAAUUGUUGCCGAAGUUUCUCAAGCGAUGGUGGCGAGGAACUGGUUGUCAACGGAAAUACUGCAAUAGUUCGAGAAUACCCAUCAGGCUCGGUUCAGCGUCGGCUGAAAACCGAUUUUGCAAUAACUAAUGGAUUUUGGUGCGAAUUCACAAGAACAGGCCGAGAUGAGAGCCGAAUCGAAGGCGUUUGUCUUUUUGGGCGUAAGGAGCUGGUGUUCAUCCCAGAUACUGAUUCGUACACUUACAAGGUGACCCUUCCAUUCGAGGUAUCUUACUCUUUCAUGUUUUAUUUUGACAGACUACUCAUGCAGCAUUUUAUUUUUGUCAUACUCAAAAAAAUUUUGGUCUCAAAAAAGAAAUUGGCUGUUAAGCAAAGUAAAAAAUGCCAAUGA